AUGUGCACAGGCUGGUGUGAGGAGAGAUGUACCAGCAGCGGCGGAGGAAGACGAAGAGGUGAAGGAGUGGAUCUUCAUCCCUGGCUGUGCGUCUCGCUCCUGUUCUCGGCCCUGUGGGGCCAAGCGUCCCCCCAGUGCCCAGACAGCUGCCACUGCGCCUGGGACACGGCCACAGUGCUGUGCUCAGAUGCCGGGCUGCUGGAGAUCCCAGAGGGGAUCCCACCGGAAACAGUCUCCCUCCACCUGGAACGCAACUACAUCCGGAGCAUCCCUGAGAGUGCCUUCAGCAACCUGGUCCACCUGCAAGAUCUGUACCUGUCCCACAACCGCAUCGACUCACUCGCCUCAGGAGCCCUGCGGCAUCUGGGCCCCGAGCUGCGCCUGCUGGACCUCUCUCACAACCAGCUGAGGCAGGCCAGCAGGGAGGAGUUCGGCUCCACUCGCGCAAAGACGCGGCUCUACCACAACCCCUGGCACUGUGACUGCACCCUUCAGGAGCUGAUGGAGACUUUGAACCUGGAGCCCGAGACGGUGAAUGGUAUCAUUUGUGAGAGCUCUGUGCGGGGGGUGGGCGAGGGGAGCAGGUGGGAGGACCCGGGGUCGCAGGGCGAGCACGCAGGUCAACCGUUGGUCAAGCUGUUGGAUUCUGGGGUGAAUUUCUGCAGCCUGCAGAGGAAAACCACUGAUGUGGCCAUGCUGGUGACAAUGUUCGUAUGGUUCUUUAUGGUCAUUGUGUAUGUAGUGUACUAUGUGAGGCAGAACCAAGCAGAGGCCCGAAGGCAUUUGGAGUACCUGAAGAGUUUGCCCAGCCCACGCAAGACCCCCACAGAGACAGACACUCUAAGCACUGGUUUCUAA